CUCUCAUUGCGAAGAUACGCGACUAGCCACGGAUGAUUUCUCACUAUUUCUUAUACGCCUGUGUCAAAAUAUGGAUAAUAUAAGUGUAACGGACGAAGAAAAUAUUACUGUUGUAAACAAUGCGUCCGAGAAACGAAUAAUGAGUAAACGUCAACUGAAGAAGGUGAAGAAAAGGGAAAAAUGGUUAGAGCGGAAAGCCGAGAAGAGAUUGCGAGAGAGAGCUAAAGCGAGGGCAAAACGUGCGUUUGCACGCGCAAAUAAUUUUCACUUAGGUCCGUCCAGGAAGUUUUUGAAACAAUCCACCAUGGCAGCUAGUACGUGUAAACUCACUGUAACCAUCGAUCUCUCGUUUGAUGAAUUAAUGCUGGACAGAGAUAUCUCUAAAGUAGUAAAACAAAUAUUGAGGUGUUAUACAUUGAAUAGAAGGGCAUCAGCACCCAUGCAAUUUUCCCUUACCAGUUUCACUGGCAAAUCACGAACAGUUAUGGAAAAGAACAAUGGAUAUGAACAUUGGGAUGUUAGCUUUUACACAAUGCCGUACAUGAAUGUUUACCCCAAAGAGAAAAUUAUAUAUCUUACAAGCGAAUCGGAAAAUGUGAUUGAUGACUUAUCUCAAGAUUACGUAUACGUCAUAGGUGGUCUUGUUGAUCAUAAUGCCCAUAAGGGUAUAUGUUACAAAUUGGCGGUGGAGGCGGGUGUUAGGCAUGGACGGUUACCAUUAGACAAAUACUUGCGAAUGAAGGCCAGAAAAGUAUUAACGAUCGAUCAUGUUUUUGAAAUAUUAUUAAAAAUCACAGAGGGAUGUAGUUGGCAAGACGCGUUUUUAAAAGUGUUACCGGAAAGAAAGAAUGCUCAACCAAUUAUACAAUCCGUAGAAGAAAAAUUGCACGAUGCAGAGCCUAUUAAUGUAAAUAAUACAAUGCUAAUCGAUGAAUACAAGGAGGAAAACGACAAUAAGUCUGUAUAUAAUAAGAAAGUAAAAGAAAUUUCAGAAAAAAAUGUAAAAGAAAUUUUAAAGGAAACUGUAAAAGAAAUUUCUGAGAAAACUGCAAAAAAAUUUUCAGAGGAACACGAAUGUGUAACAUAAACACAACAAAUGAACAAAAAUAUUUAGUAUAAAGUGUAUAUAUAUGUAUAUAUAUAUAUAUAUAUUUGUUUUUAUUUUAAAGUAUAUAUGUACUUUACACAUAAUCACAGCAUUUAUUUUGAUUUGUUUUGGUCUUGCAAAGCUUCACGACUGAAACUUAAUUGAAACAAAUAAAUAAGAAAUAAGCAGAUCAUAACAAUUGAAAAAGUUUGUGAGAUAAUAAAACUGCUUAGGCAUGAUGCCAAAACAUAAGAUGUGUGAGUGAUUCUUUAUUUGAUACCAAAAAAUUACAAAGCAACUCAAACAUUCAUGAAGAUUUGAAUGAAGGGAUCGUAAAGUAAUUUUGUAAAAUUUUUUGGUAUUAAAUAAAGAAUCACUCACACGAACAUCUUGUGUUUUGACUCCCCAAACAUCCUGUUUUUUAAGCAGAUAAUUUCUUUUUUAAUUGUUUUUCUUUUUGCCACAAAAUAAGUUCAAGAACAAGAAAAGGUCAUACGUAUAUACAUAAUAACAACAAGACUUUCUUUGUUUAAGUUUUAAUUUAUUUUUAUGUUCGUCUUACGCUCUUAGAGAUGUAUAGAUAAGGAGAAGACGACAAAUAUCGAUUAUAAAUGAGAUACAAAAACGCGUCGAACUUGAUAAACACGUCACUAUCUCCUCGCGUAUUUUUGUUUUUUUUUGUUUUCAUACAUUUCACAAAUACACAUGUUACAAUAUGAUACAUUCUUACAGGUCUAGAACGAGUUUAUUGUUUACGCUAUCAAAUAAAGUGCAGCAUUCCUUA